CGACACAGGCACAACGCCCGCCAUGACAGACCUCAAACCCGUUGCCGACCCCGCCCCCAGAUGGGUAACCGACCUCGCCAACCCACCGCCUUACAAGUCCAAGCCUGCCAGCAUCCCCGACCCCCCAGGCUACUCGUCGCAAGCCGUGUCCGGUCCUUCCAAGAAGAAGGAUGUCUCCCGCGCCGCCCCCCGCGAACAACCCUCCCCCGAAAAGAUGGACCAGCUCAAGCUCAAAAAGGCCUGGGAAGUCGCCCUCGCGCCCGCCAAGAACCUGCCCAUGACUCUCAUCAUGAUGUACAUGUCCGGCAACUCGCUCCAGAUCUUCAGCAUCAUGAUGGUGUUUAUGGCCUUCAAGAACCCCAUCAUGGGCUUGUUGUCGACCAACCAGGCCUUUGAGCGAUUCGAGACGGACAGCAACCGGGGGUCUAUUCUGCAGGUGAAGGCGGCCUAUGUGCUUAUGCAGGUGUUGGCGCUGGCGGUGGGCGUGUGGAAGAUUAAUAGUAUGGGACUACUACCGACAACGAGAUCCGACUGGCUUGCUUGGGAAGUGCGCAGGGAACCGCUGGAACAUGCUGUACCAGCGUUGUCGUUAUGAGACCUCGAACUUAAUGGACAAUGGUAGAGGGUGACUGAGUCUCAACUUCGCUGAUACUAUACACACGCGAAAUAUGCACAUGACCAGCAAUUGACAUGGCUUUGGAACGAAGAGACGAUUGAUGAUACACCAUGUCACCCAAUUUUGGCCCAGCGCAGAAAAUUAGACUCCG